AUGGCUCGUGCCAUUUCACGCGCCACCACCCCUCUCCCUUUCUCUACUUCCUUACCGCCCGCUGCCCUCUCCUCUUUUUACUCUCCUUCGAGUCUUUCCUUCACUCCAAAACCCAACAAUUUUAACUUCCCUUCAUUGACUAGAACUGGAUUCUUUAAUAAAAAGUUCAAAACUCUUUCUCAACAUAAUUAUAGGUACACGGUUCGGGCCUCCCAGAGAGGUUACCGGAAAGUCAGGCGGCUGACGGCGGCGACGAGGAGAAGGAAAGAGAAGGAUUUGGAGCUCAGCGUUAGCAUUUGCAUUGAAGAAGGCCUUCCUAAUGACCCUGAAAUAUUGAGUAUAGCAGAAUUGCUAAGACUUAAUGUGGCAAUGGCAAUGAAGGUAGCAUUUGAUAGUUUAAAAAGUUCAACUUUUAAAACGAGGGAUGAAGCUAUAAGUGAUGUUGGUGGAUUUGACAGCAUUGAGUUGUCUGUGAUGCUUUGUAAUGAUGAGUUUAUUAGAAAACUUAAUCUGGAAUGGAGGGACGAGGAUCAUGCAACUGAUGUUCUUUCAAUGUCACAACAUAUGCCUGGCCUUGACCUUCCAAUCGUAAGUGAGAGAAGUCUUAUGUUGGGUGAUAUAGUGAUUUCUGUUGAGACUGCUGCACGACAAGCGGAGGAAAGAGGACAUACGCUUAUCGAUGAAAUUCGAGUUCUCCUGGUUCAUGGGUUGUUGCAUCUUUUAGGAUUUGAUCACGAAAUUAGUGACGAGGCUGAAGUUGAAAUGGAGAAGGAGGAGGGAAAUCUUUUGGAGAGUCUUGGGUGGAAAGGAAAAGGACUGAUUCAGAGCGCAUGUGAUGCAGAAACUAAUAUGAAUCAUCAUAUGGAAAAUUCAGAUGGUAAUUUCACUCAAAAGCCAAAUCUCCUUGAUCAAUGCAAGGGCAUUGAAAGAGGCUUUGUCAAGGGGGUGAAGGUGGUGAUCGCAACUGGAAAAGCACGUCCUGCUGUGAUUGAUAUUUUGAAGGCAGUAGAUUUAGCUGGUAAAGAUGGAGUUAUCUCUGAGACCUCUCCCGGUGUUUUCUUACAGGGGUUAAUUGUUUAUGGUAGACAGGGUCGGGAAAUUUUUAGAUGCAAUUUGGAUCUGAGCGUCUGCAGAGAGGCAUGUCUCUACUCUUGGGAGCACAAGGUUCCUCUUAUUGCAUUCAGCAAUGAUCGCUGCUUGACAUUAUUUGAGCACCCUCUAGUUGAUUCACUGCAUACUAUAUAUCACGAGCCAAAGGCUGAGAUCAUGCCGUCAGUUGAGCAUCUAUUAUCUGCUGCUGACAUACAGAAGAUGAUCUUUUUAGACACUGCUGAGCGAGUGGUUACAACCCUGCGGCCAUACUGGUCAGAAGCAACUGGAGGCCGUGCCAAUGUCGUCCAAGCUGUCCCAGACAUGCUUGAAAUUGUUCCCCUUGGAACCUCAAAAGGGAGUAGUGUAAAAAUGUUGCUUGAUCAUUUGGGUGUCACUCCAAAGGAGAUAAUGGCUAUUGGUGAUGGUGAAAAUGACAUCGAGAUGCUUGAGCUGGCUUCUCUAGGCGUUGCUCUUAGCAAUGGGUCAGAGAAGACAAAAGCUGUGGCUAAUGUAAUUGGUGCCAGCAACGAUGAAAAUGGCGUCGCCGAUGCUAUCUACCGGUAUGCGUUCUGA